GUAAUAAAAUCAAUUGAUGAACUUUAUAAUAUCCAUCCCUCUUAAAAUAAUUUUAAACAAUUUGGUGGCAUUCACUUUGGCAUUCUGUCUGUACUAUAGAUAUUUCAUCUUUCCUGUCGUAGUAUAUAUUUCAUGGAUUUGAUUUACUUGAUCCAUAUUUGUAAAUAGAUUUACUGAAGGGCCUGCUUUAUUAAAAUGUUCUACUAUGUGCAAUUUUAGGGAUAAGAGGACAAGUAUUUUGAGCCUCAACCAAAAUUAAACUAGCUUGUUUGUGAUGCUUCUUUGCCUCACUCUUGUGUCAUCUUUAUUCCAUCUUUGUUCAUUAUUCUGUUGUAGGUCCCGUGCUAGUUGCAGUCCCAGUGGAACUGUGCUGACUAUGGGCCCAGUAGGUGGAGAGGCUGAUGAGAACCAGACAGUGGAGGAAGUGAAGGUGGAGCAAUAUGGGCCAGGGCAAACCACUCCUAGAGAUGAGCUGGCCCCAGACCCUGAGCCAGAGCUUAUUGACAGCACCAAGCUGAUUGAGGUACAGAUUGUCCUCAUAUUGGCCUAUUGCUCUAUCAUCUUGCUUGGGGUGGUUGGCAACUCCUUGGUGAUCCAUGUAGUGAUCAAAUUCAAGAACAUGCGCACAGUCACCAACUUUUUCAUUGCCAAUCUGGCUGUAGCUGACCUUCUCGUGAACACCCUGUGCCUGCCCUUCACUCUCACAUACACCUUAAUGGGGGAGUGGAAAAUGGGUCCUGUCCUCUGCCACCUGGUGCCCUAUGCCCAGGGCCUGGCAGUACAGGUAUCCACAAUCACCUUGACAGUGAUCGCCCUGGAUCGGCAUCGAUGCAUUGUCUACCAUCUGGAGAGCAAGAUCUCCAAGCACAUCAGUUUCCUGAUCAUUGGCUUGGCCUGGGGCAUCAGUGCCCUACUGGCAAGUCCCCUGGCCAUCUUCCGGGAGUAUUCACUGAUUGAGAUUAUUCCAGACUUUGAGAUUGUGGCCUGUACUGAAACGUGGCCUGGUGAGGAGAAGAGCAUUUAUGGCACUGUCUACAGCCUUUCUUCCUUUUUAAUCUUGUAUGUGUUGCCUCUGGGCAUCAUAUCUUUUUCCUACAUUCGCAUCUGGAGUAAACUUAAGAACCACGUCAGUCCUGGAGCUGCAAAUGCCCACUAUCAUCAGCGAAGACAGAAAACCACCAAAAUGCUGGUGUGUGUGGUGGUGGUGUUUGCAGUCAGCUGGUUGCCCCUCCAUGCCUUCCAACUUGCUGUUGACAUUGACAACCAGGUUUUGGACCUGAAGGAAUACAAACUCAUCUUCACAGUGUUCCACAUCAUCGCCAUGUGCUCCACCUUUGCCAACCCCCUGCUCUAUGGCUGGAUGAACAGCAACUACAGAAACGCUUUCCUCUCAGCCUUCCACUGUGAGCAGAGGUUGGACUCCAUUCACUCUGAGGUGUCUGUGACAUUCAAGGCUAAAAAGAACCUGGAAGUCAAAAAUAAUAAUGGCACCAAUGACUCUUUCACAGAGGCUACCAACGUCUAAGGAAGCAGGUGUGUGAAAAUAUAUGAAU